GACAGAAGGGAGUUCUCUCGCAGCGCUUGAACACUCUUUGGCUACAGACGGAACAGCUGUCAAUGCACAACGCUGAGCGUUACGACAAGCAAGAGGCUUUGUGGGACGACGGAGGCUUUUUAAAUGCAGCUCAGCGACGAUUUCUAUAGUUUAUAUAAUUGCCGUGUCAGCUCUCAAAACGUUCACAUCUAGCGUAUGAGCAACAGAGAGUGACUUUCCUCGAGUGCUUUUAUUUAUUUAUCUCCAAAGCUGACGGCGGAGUGUUGUCUGCUGUGUCCUGUCCAUCCGACAGAACUAGUCCAGACAUGAGUAACGUUAAUCUGAUUUUUUGGGACCAGUUGCUGGCUGGCAGCUCCGAUGUGGAUUGGUGUGAAGGCAAUUACCUAAUUUACCCCAGCAUCGCUGAAUUUUACAACACGAUCAGCAACAUUUUGUUUUUUGUUCUGCCGCCCAUAUUAAUGUGCUUGUUCCGCCAAUAUGCAACACAUUUCAACAGUGGGAUUUACCUCAUAUGGAGUCUGCUAGUUGUGGUUGGUAUUGGCUCGACAUAUUUUCACGCCACCCUCAGCUUCCUCGGCCAGAUGCUGGACGAGUUGGCCAUCUUAUGGGUGCUUAUGUGUGCCAUUGCCAUGUGGUUUCCCAAGAGAUACCUACCCAGGAUGUUCAGGAGGGAUCGGUCAAGGUUCAAAGUGGUCAUCGGCAUCUUAUCCGGGAUCACCACUGGGCUGGCCUUUGUUAAACCUGUCGUCAACUCAUUGUCACUUAUGACUCUGGGCAUCCCCUGCACCGCGCUGCUCAUUACUGAGCUUAAAAGGUGUGAAAACCCGCGUGUGUUCAAGUUGGGUCUGGUCUCAGGGAUCUGGUGGGCAUUGGCUCUGCUUUGCUGGAUCAGUGACAGGAUAUUCUGUGAGAUGUGGUCAUCUGUCAACUUUCCCUACUUACACUGUGCUUGGCACAUCCUCAUUUGUCUGGCUUCCUACUUGGGUUGCGUUUGCUUCGCCUACUUUGAUGUCGCGACUGAGGCCCCGGAGCGAGGACCUGUCAUCAUGUUCUGGCCCAGCGAGAAAUGGGCCUUCAUCGGCGUGCCCUACGUUUCCUUCCUCUGGGUCCACAAGAAGUCUGCUAUCAAGGUGACUUAAGGUGACCCGAGCCUGCUGCCGUGCUUUAAUGCGUCUCACCAGGAUGCAUCCACACAACAUGGCAACUUUGUGGCCACUUGUGCUCUUGUGACCGGGUGAUGGAGGUGAUGCACAUUGUGGCUAACUGUGAAGAUUGACCUUUUCCUUUUUUUAUCCCAGUCUGGCUUCAUUACACAGUAGUGUUUAUGCAACUCUGUCAAAGAACAAAAACUGACACAAAUUAGUCUAACAUGGCAAUGAAAGGGUGACUUUUUAAAUGACACCGCAUCAAAGCCAAGAAACAUUUACAGUGUUCCAAACAUAUUCUCAGGCUAUACAUAUAAGAUCAUGUAAGUUAGGAAUAUGCAUUUCAGCCUUCUUUAAAAAGAAGAUUUUGUACAUUUUAACUCAGAAAACCUCAUUAUAAAGCAUUUUACUGUCUUUAUAAACACAAGUAUAGCAUCUCAUAGGUGCAGUCUGGCCAUUAUAAAAGCAUUUAGAAACAAUAAAUCACUGGAUUCAGUAACUGUGAUUAAUGCAUAAUGCAUUCAUUGCUUGGCCAAUCUUACUAUGCCCAAUGAAUCAACAAGCUGAUUCAUAAGCUGUUACAGCAGUGUUUUAAGUAUCAUCACACAACGCCUUAUGUGUUUUAAAUACAUAAUGGUUUCAGGCUCAGAAAUCUGCCCUCUUUGUGAACAUACAUUUUUAUUUAAAGCGCCAGAAUCGCAAUAGGCUUUUUUUCCAUUAUGUGUGUACUAUGUUUUCCUUCCAACAUGCCAUUGUGAUUGAUAGUAUACGAGAAAUGUGUUCCAAGUUAUCCUGUAUGUUUUGUAAACUAACAAUGUAAUAUGCAAUUAUUUUCCGAGGAAAAUCAUAUCAUUCAGAUAUUACUGAAUGAAUAGAUACCCUUUGAUAUUGGCCAAAGUAAAAAAAAAAAAAAAAACUGAAUGUGAAAUCAAAAUGUAUUGAAAUAUAAUUGACUAAUCAAGGAAAUGAUUACGUAUUUUGCACAAAAUGAAGAAUGGUUCUCAAAGCCUUUUGGCUAAAUGCACACACUGCAGUGAUAAUUACAGUUAUGUAUUUCAAACUUAGCCAAUAUACAGCUUUUAAUGCUCAAGUUUUCACAGCUGAUCUUUUUUCAACCACAAGUCUCAACUCUUCUUCUCUUCAGGGUUAUUUAUGCCAUGCUCAGUAUUUUAAACGUUGUGCUAAUUAUUGAAACUAUGAAAAGUGUGCAAAAAGCCUUAAUCAAACAUGAAAAUGGACUACAAAAGCAAAUGAAGGUACAUUGUGUCCUUGUGUGAUGUAGCCAAUCUGUUUGCUCUAAAAAGGGAAAUGCAGUGUAAUGAUUGUGUUAAAUAGCAAAUGGAAAUGAGCUUUAGGUUGUAUGUAUGUAGAAUAUACAAGGGAAGUAUGUUGGGGUGUUGCAAAGCUAAACACUCUAACUCUAAAAAAACAAGGAUCGCCAAAGCUUUUUCACCACAAACCAUUGUUUUAAAUGUUGUUCUUGAAAACUGCCUCAAACUGUGCUAACUAAUAUUAUUUCACUCCCGUCCUCCUGCAGAGGCUUCUGGGAACUCAAACUGCUAAAAUAACUUUGAAGGAUCAUGAUGUAGAAAGAAAAAAAUAACUAUUUUUGUGAGAUUCUGAAGUAUUUUGUUAAAUCCAAAACGAUAUAUAUUUUUCUAAGUGCAGUGCAGCCAAAAUUGAAGGGUGAAUGAUUUUUGAUAUUGCAUGAUUACCUUUGUAUUACCAUACUGUUUUUGUUUUUUUUUAUUUUAUUUUUAUUUUAUCUUUAGGAAAAACUUUAUUGAGACAGUAUUGAGAAUGUGAACAAAGCUGUCGUAGUGCCCACGAAUACUUUCAUUGUGCUGCAAAAUGAUAUUGAACUACACAUCUGAUCUACAAUGGUGGAUUGUUUGUAUGAAUCACCCUCAGAAAAAGGAGUUUGUUUGAACAGGGGAGCCUGUUAAAUGCUGCCCUCUGGAUCGUGAUAUUUGUCAUGGCACGUGGUGUCAAUAUGAUCUCAUAACAAUGAGUUAAGUCUUUUUUAUGGACUUGCAUGUGUAUAUAAAUCUCAGUUCUUCUUUGCCUGCAUUGACAAUACAGACAAACUGCACAGAAAUAUUUAUUUUCAUAAUUUAUCCUGUUUUGUAAACAAACAGUAAUGUGUUUUAUUUUAUGCAAUAAACCAAGUCGAUACUCAAAA